CGGUUCAGCAGCAGCAUUGCAUGUCAAUCCAGAGAAGUCCAGAUUUUUGACAUGAAUCUACUCUACGCGAUAUGUUUUUCAAAAGUCUGGAUUAUCAUGCAACCUGGUUAGUACAGGACGUGUGUUGUCUAUCGACAGCGAACUGGAAUUCCCCUUAAAGCCCGUUACAGGUGACUCAUCUGGAGCAUUAUUGACAUAUGACGUGUAAACCGUCUUUAUUGCAUCACAAAUCAGCAUUUAAUCAAUUGUACUGAAUUGCUGUCACUCGCAUUGGCAAUAACAAACAGUAGUGAAAUCAGUAUGGAGGGCAAGAAGGAGGCGUGGCAUGACGCCAGAGUUCCAUUUUGACAGGAAAACGUACCAAAUUUGGUGCGGGUUUCCUGCACACAGCGUGUCACCAUGAUGCGCCUCUACCGCGUUCUGGACCGUUUAUGCGCGUGUACCGAAGCCUUGGCGCGUCUCAGUCAGUGGGGCAGCAUUGCAGAACUGUCAGUGAGGUUUUCCAGCACCAAAGUUGCUCCACGGUAUCGAAGAAUGGAAUAUCAGAAUGCAGUGUGCACCCUCAACACCCUGCAGACUAACGCCAGUGUUCUGGAACAGGUGAAGAGGGAAAGGGGACAUCCACAACUCCAGCUGCAGGCCAUGAAUGGCUUUCUUCAGCGAGCAGGCCUCAAGGUAAAAGAGCUUGAUCAUCUUAAUAUUAUUCAUGUAACUGGAACAAAAGGAAAGGGGUCAACAUGUGCCUUUACAGAGCAGAUUUUGAGAAAUUAUGGCUUUCGAACGGGAUUCUACAGUUCACCCCAUUUAGUGCAAGUGAGGGAGAGGAUCAGAAUCAAUGGUCAGCCAAUAGGAAAAGAGCUCUUCACAAAAUAUUUCUGGCAGGUGUAUGGACGUCUGGAGGAAACGAAGGAUGCACAUGGUGGCAGCAUGCCCGCUUAUUUUCGCUUUCUCACAAUCUUGGCCUUCCAUGUGUUCCUGCAGGAAAAGGUUGAUUUGGCUGUCCUUGAGGUUGGGAUUGGUGGCGCGUACGACUGCACCAAUAUCAUCAGGAGACCUUGGGUGUGUGGUAUCUCUUCUUUGGGCAUCGAUCACACCAGUUUACUGGGAGAUACCAUUGAAAAAAUUGCCUGGCAGAAAGGCGGCAUUUUUAAGCCGGGGGUUCCUGCAUUCACUGUGAAACAGCCUGAUGGAUCCAUGAAGGUGCUUCAAGAGAGAGCAGAAGAAAUUGGGUGUUCGUUAUCAGUGUGUCCUGAUCUGGAUGAGUAUGAGAGCGAGGGAUCACUCCGGUUGGGUUUAGCUGGUCAUCAUCAGCGCAGUAAUGCUUCUCUUGCUCUACAGCUCUCACACACCUGGCUGCAGAGACACUUCCUCACAGAUCCUGUAUUAUCAUCUCCAGUAGAGUUCAGCGGUGUGAGUCCAGCUCAAGCGUUCCAGCCCAGUCCUGCAAUGAUUAAAGGUCUUGCCGAGACUGAAUGGCCUGGACGCAAUCAGACGCUGAAACAUGGUCCUGUGACGUAUUUCCUGGAUGGAGCUCAUACCACCCGCAGCAUGCAGGCCUGUGUCCGCUGGUUUAACGAGGUCGCGACGCAACAUGAGAAAAAUGCAGGGGGUCCAGUGGUCAGAGUCCUGUUAUUUAACGCUACAGGGGAGCGAGACUGUGCCGCCAUGCUCAAACUGCUUGCGCCUUGUCAUUUUGACUUUGCUGUGUUCUGUCCAAACAUCACAGAGGCCAUAGCGACCUGUAACGCAGAUCAGCAAAACUUUAAUGUUUCUGUUGAGAACAUGCUCACCCGUUGCCUGGACAACAAGCAAAGCUGGCGUAUUCUAAAUGGCCAGGAGGAGAAGCCUGAGGCGGGGCUUUUGAUCGGGAGCGGUCUGCCCCUGGUGGCAGAAAGGACCGGUGCCACCCUCGUGUUUCCCUGCAUCCUCAGCGCCCUCCAGUGGAUCAGUCAGGGAAGAGACUCUGUUCUGUCAGACCCAAACAAAUGCAUCAUACCUGUUAAUCCUAGCAUAAGCGCAAAAGCCGCACCGCUACGAGAGGCCGUGAACAUACACAUACUCAUCACAGGCAGCCUACACCUGGUGGGAGGGGCUUUAAAACACUUGGAACCUGCUUUAAAUUGCUAAUAGACAGGCAUUCAACAAAACGUUUCAGAGCAAGAGCGCCACCUAGUGCCUAAACUCUUUAAACGUGUUACACUACACCUAGUUUUUGAGAGGAAACCUAAAAACUUUACUGCAGAUCAUGACUGAAAUCAUUUCAACCUGUUCUAGAAUUCUUGUUAUAUCAAUCCAUACUAGAACCGGACUUAAAGAACUUUAGAUCAUUUCAAUGAGCAUUCACCAGUAUGUUUACUGUUCUGCCAUUUACUUUGCGUUUUACAAGUGCAUUUAAGUUCAUUUAUGUGCUCUUUUGUUAUACACUACGUUUUUUUUUUUUUUUUUUUUAAAGAAUAGUUCACACAAUAAUGGUAAUUCAGUCACUUUCUCACCCUCAUGACUUUAUUCUAUCUUCCUUGAAACACAAAAGAAGAGGUUUAGUACAAUGUUAAACCAUCACUUUUUAUAUUCAAUCAGAGUUGAUUGUUAUUUAGACUGCCAAGCUUCAAAAAGGUGCCAUAAAUAUAUCAUUAAAGAAUUCCAAGUGUCAUGCACUAUGUUCCAAGUCUUCUGAAGGCAUACAAUAUGCUUUUUUUUUUUUUUUUUGUCCUUUUUGGAUCUAAAAACAAGCUUUAACAUUGUGCCUAAAAUCUAAAUUUUUAUAAUGGAAGCAAGAAAAUACAGGUUUCGAAUGACAUCGGGGUGAGUAAAUGAUGACAGAAUUUUAUUCUUGAUGUAAACGAUUUCUUUAAUCCGAACUUUCCAUGUUUGGAAGACUUUUAUAAUGUCAGCUUUUGUAUCCUCCUGUGUGUUUGUUAGAUUUUAUGUAUUGCUCAGAAUGGAGCCAUAAAUGGGGAAAAAACUGUAAUACAAUUAUGAAAUAGUAACAAGUAACUUAGAAUAAAUGCAUGGGAAACAGUUUGUACUCAUACUCCUGAAAAUAAUUUUCAAAAGCAUUUGUCAUCAAAAAGGUACCCACAUCUGUUCAUAGUGAAUAACAAUGUGUCAUAAAUGUUUGUGUGUAUACAGUUGAAGUCUUAAGUUUACAUACACUUAGGUUGAAGUCAUUAAAACUCUUCUAUGUCUAUAUUUAUGUAUUUUUUUGACUACACAAAUUUCAUAUUAGCAAACUAUAGUUUUGGCAAGUCGUUUACGACAUCUAUUUUUGUGAAAAAGUAAUUUUUCCAACAAUUGUUUACAGACAGAUUGUUUCACAGAUUGUUGGAAUUGUGACAAUAUCACAAUUCCAGUGGGUCACCACAUUAAUUUGUACAAACAAUAGUAUGCAAGUAUAAAACCACGCAGCCAUCAUACCGCUCAGGAACGAGACGCAUUCUGUCUUCUAGAUAUGAACGUGGUUUGGUGUGAAAAGUGCAAAUAAAUCCCAGAACAACCGCAAAGGACCUUGUGAAGAUGCUGGAGGAAACUGGUAGACCAGUAUCUAUAUCCACAGUAAAAUGAGUCCUAUGUUGACAAAACCUGAAAGGCUGCUCCAAAACAACCAUACAAAAAUACAGUUUGCAAGUGCACAUGGGGACAAAGAUCUUGAGAAAUGCCUCUUAUAAUGAAACAAAAAUGUAACUGGUCAUAAUGACCAUCAUUAUGUUUGGAGGGAAAAGGGUGACACCAUCCCAACGGUGAAGCAUGGGGGUGGCAGCAUCAUGUUGUAGGGGUGCUUUGCUGCAGGAGGGACUGGUGCACUUCACAAAAUAGAUGGCAUUGUGAUUAAGGAAAAUUGUGUGGAUAGAUUGAAGCAACGUUUCAAGACAUCAGUCAGGAAGUUGAAGCUCGGUCACAAAUGGGUCUUCUAGUGGACAAUGACCCCAAGCAUACCACCAAAGUUGUGGCAAAAUGGCUUAAGCACAACAAAGUCAAGGUAUUGGAGUGGCCUUCACAAAGCCCUGACCUCAAUCUGUUAGAAAAUUUGUGGGCAGAACUUAAAAAGCGUGUGUGAGCAAGGAGGCCUACAAACCUGACUCAGUUACACCAGUUCUGUCUGGAGCUUAUUGUGAGACGCUUGUGGGAGGCUACCAAAGUUAAAGGCAAUGCUGCCAAAUACUAACAAAGUGUAUGUAAACUUCUGACUUCAAGUGUACACCAUAGUAUUGGUGGGAACUAAACCUUUUACAUUAAAAAAAUAUAUAUACUGUAGUUGAGAUAGCAACAUAUUAAGUUUAAAUUGUUUGAGAACGAAUGUCUUGAACCAUUUUGUUAAUAAAGAUGAUCCCACUGCUUGUCUUAAACUACCUUAGGAUGCAAUUAAAUAUUUUACUGUACUGUAAAUACUACAUGAAAAAAUAAAAUAAAAAUAUUAUUA